AAAAGAAAAAUGAAAAAAAAAAAAAAGAGAAUAGACAAGAAGGUAGGAAAUUAAGCUUCUCCUUCGGUGUAUUAGAAAACAGAAGAAAGGCUAGCAUGUGGACCAUUUUGAGCAAAGGACACAGAUGACAUUGUACAGAAAGACAGAAGCCCACUGAUGUAAAGCCUUAUGAGUUAUGUAAGGAUUUAUAAAAUACUUAGUAGCUAAUUGGAAUAUUAUUGGGCAUAGGAGUCCAAGGCUCAAAAGAUAAGUAGGAGUUGAAGAUACAACUUUGAAAAUUCUUCAUGUUUGGUAUUUCAGUUCAUAAAUAUAUAUUGGAAUUAGUUUGCUAAUUUAUAAUUGCUUUUUCUCUGACAGUAUUCUGCUGCCAAGGGUAGAUUUGGAAAAGAUACAAGGUUAGGUUCAUUCAGGAAUAGAGUUUUGUCAGGUAGCUGUGAAAAGAAUAUUUGUACUCGGGGAAACUCAGUCCAGGAUUGUUGUCCAAACUAAAUUCUUUUUUGGCAUUAUGGUAGUGAUUGCUGGAAAAAUUUACUGUUCGUUCCUUUUCAUAAGCUGUAAUGAGUACAUUCUUUAAUAAUUAUUUCAAUACUAUUGGUUCUAGGUUUUUGAGUUAUUUUGUUCAUUUGUAAAUUCUUGGGGGGUGGGAUGUGCUGUGUGGUGAAAGAUGUAUUUUACUUUAGUACAAAAGCAAACUUGGUUGUUGUAUAAUUUCAGAAUUAUAAAUAAAUAACAGAUUCAUCUUAGUAAAGACUGUGAUUUAUAUUAGAUAUGCAAUUGAUUCUUUUCUCAUGAAGCACAAGCAGGAGAACCAGAAUAUCUAGAGCAGCCAUCAAGAAGUGAUUUCUCAAAGCACUUGAAAGAAGAAACUAUUCGAAUAAUUACCAAGGCAUCACAUGAGCAUGAAGAUAAAAGUCCUGAAACAGUUUUGCAGUCGACACCUGAUAAUACCACAAGCCAACCACCUUCUAACCAGCGAGUUGUAGAGGUGGCGAUCCCUCAUGUAGGGAAAUUUAUGAUUAAGUCAAAAGAGGGAGGGUACGAUGACGAGAUUAUGAUGACACCGAAUAUGCAAGGUAUUAUCAUGGCCAUAGGUAAAUCCAGGAAUGUGUAUGACAGGUGUGGUCCUGAAGCAGGGUUCUUUAAGGCAAUUAAGUUGGAGUAUUCAAGGUUGGUUAAAUUGGCCCAAGAAGAUACCCCACCAGAAACAGAUUACCGUUUACAUCAUGUAAUGGUCUACUUUAUCCAGAACCAGGCACCAAAGAAAAUCAUUGAGAAAACAUUACUAGAACAAUUUGGAGAUAGAAAUUUGAGUUUUGAUGAAAGGAGUCACAACAUAAUGAAAGUUGCUCAAGCAAAGCUUGAAAUGAUAAAACCUGAAGAAGUGAACUUGGAGGAGUAUGAGGAAUGGCAUCAAGAUUAUAAGAAAUUCAGGGAAACCACUAUGUAUCUCAUAAUUGGACUAGAAAAUUUUCAAAGAGAAAGGUAAAGCAAAAUGGAUAAAUGUGAAAAAAAGCUAAUUGUACAUAAAAUUAUUGUUUUUGAGGUUUCUUUUGGCUGAUUGAUUUUUGACCAUGCUUGAUCAAAACUUUAUGAAUAAAUCUGUGAAUAAAGUUAGCUUACUGUAAAUUUUAAAUAAACAUUUUAUUUUAGAGCAGAAAAUUUCAAAUUUAGUACAAAGUUCUGUAUUCCCAACAUAAAAUAUAUUUUUCAUUUUAAAUUAAACACAUGAGGUUGGCGUUAGUGUCUUUUUGUUUGUUUUGUUUUCAGAAUUUAUUCAUGUGUCUAUGUGUGUUUGAUACACAUGCAUAUGUAUGUAUCGGCCUAGACUGCCCUCAAACUUGUGAUCCUUAGCCUCGCAGGUUGCUGAGACUGUAGGCAGAUGCCCCACAUCCCAGUACUGUUUUUGUUUUUAUGAGCUCUCAAAUAAUAAAUUUAAAGUUCAGGGUGAAAUUGGAUUAGAUUAAAACCCAGCAAAUUUGCUGAGGACCAAAGGAGCUGGUAGCUCAGCUAUUCUCCAACAUCUACCUACAGUCACCAGUCUUUUCUUACUCCUUCCAAGAUUCUUAACAUAAAUUAGAGGUAAGGUUUCUAUUGUUUCUUUGUCUUAACUCCCAGGUGCCCUGAAAGAUGUAUUUGUAGAAAACGUCUAAGUAGUAUGCUUUCUACUUAUUUAACUACUACAGUUACUGCUUGUUAUUUAAAUUGGUUUCAAGAAAAAGAUAGAUUUUGAUUUACUUACCAUUUCCAGUAAUACACUUGUUUACGUUCACUUAUUUCUCCACAUAUUUCUUAAUUCUAACUGUAAAACUAAUGUACUUGAUUGGUCAUUUUAUUGAGAAACUGCUCUUUACAUUCCAAUGCAGUGUCUUAUUGUAGCCAAUUAAAAAGAAGGUUGAAUUUCUUCUAUCUUUGCUGUAUGUUAGUAGAGUGUUAGAGCCCCACUGAAGUAACCAGGUAAUGAUGCAUUUUGUGUGUGUGUGACAAGAUGCACAUCAACUUUUAGAGCUGUGUUGUUCAAUAUGGAGACCACCACCUAUGUGUACCAAUUUAAAUUAAUUAAAAUUAUUAAAACUAAAAAUUUAUUUUCUCGGGAGCGUUAGCCACAUUUCUAGUGUUCAGUGGCCACAUAUUAAGUGACUAGUGACCACUGUAUAUUUUACUUGAAUAUUAAACAUAUCAUUUCAAAAUAAAACUUCAUAUGAAACAUUUUGUGUACCUUAGUGGAGAAUCGCACUAAGGUUAUAGUUUCAGAACUGUUCUCAAAAAGAACAGUUCUCAGAAAGACUUGAGUCUUUAAAACCAAACAUGAAUGCCAUUCAGGACAGAUCUUUUUAUCAGGAAACUUCAUAACUCUAAUAGACAAGUUAGAUAGGUCAGUUACAUAUUAAAUAACCAGCCACCACAAUUUCAUUAUGAAAAAUAACGGCAUUAUCACUCCCUGCAAAAAAGGCAUUUUCAAACAGUGUUUAAACUUACUUAUGAAGACAAAUUCAGAUGUGCAAUUUGAUAUGUCAUAGAUGUGCACAUAAUUUCCAAAUAAUUUUAUACUUCAUAUGUGGAGUAUGAAGUGGAUUUGUCUUUUAUCUGAGCACAUUAAAUAAAUAAUAAACAGUAAUACUAAUUGGCAGAAUGACCUGGGGUUUAAAAAACUAUCUUCCUUUACAACAUUUCUGUUUUUAGGAUGUUAUAUUUUUCUGUAUUAAUCUGUAGUAUUAAUGAUUAAUAACUCAUUUGUGAAUAAUUGAAAAUAGUGAUGCAAAUGUCUUAAAAUAUCUUUG